CGCCGUGGUGGCUCCCAUUCGAAGGCGACGGCGGUCGUCUAUGGUAUAUUUCAGCAGUAAUCUCUCCAGAAAAAAAGGGCGAAAUAACUCCGAGCAGGCAGUGAAUUUACGUUGAGAUUUUUCUUUUCAAAUUCUUCUCGGUUGAGCUUGUGGCAGAGCUCUGUAAUGACGGGGUGUGCCGAGAAUUUGAAUUAGCUCGCCGUUAGUUUGAAGAAGGAGUGAGUCGGGGGUAGAGCGAGAGAGAGGAGCCAUUUUGUCCCGACUGUGUGGGAGAAAAGAAAGAGUGGAAAAGAGGAAUCACACGGAAGGAUAUCCUUAUUUUUUCUGUUUCUGUUCUCAUGCUGUAAAGGGGGAGAAAAAACAGUCGGGCUUGGGAUAUAUAUAUAACUUCUUGGACACGGUAUUAGUGGUGGUGGUAUUUAGCCGACUAGCUUGCCAAGCUAAUCAACACAUCCCAGAUUGUUAACAAGAGAACAGUUUGGCUAAGGAGCUGGCUUUAGACUGCACACAAGCGUGCUAGGGGAAUAUAUACAUAUUUUUUUGUAUCUUAUCUGGGGUAAUCACAAGCUGUGUUUCAAUGGCGAAGAAGACUUACGACUUGCUGUUCAAGCUGCUUCUGAUCGGGGACUCGGGCGUGGGGAAGACCUGUGUUCUGUUCCGCUUCUCUGACGACGCCUUCAACACCACCUUCAUCUCCACCAUAGGAAUAGAUUUCAAGAUCAAAACUGUUGAACUACAAGGAAAGAAGAUUAAACUACAGAUCUGGGACACAGCGGGCCAGGAGCGGUUCCACACCAUCACCACCUCCUACUACAGAGGAGCCAUGGGCAUCAUGCUGGUCUACGACAUCACCAACGCCAAGAGCUUCGAAAACAUCAGCAAAUGGCUGCGCAACAUCGACGAG